GAAAAUUGUAUCUCCUUGGUUCUUCUUUCAUCAUCGUCUUCCUCCACGGAGCUCUUUACUCAAGCUCCGACCUCAUCUGUGCAAAUCCCGAAACCUCAAUUUUCAGACCAAAAAUGAAAGAUGAUCAUUGCACAGUAGUACGAUUUGAUUACGGAGGAUACUAUUCAAACAACGGAGAUAACGUACGAUGGAAUCGAAAAGAAGAUAGGGUUUACACUUUAGUUAUCAAAGGAGAGUUCACUUAUUCUGAUUUGGUUAAUAGAGUUUGCAAAAAGGUUAUGUUAGACGAAGAAGCAAUCGCGGCGUUUAAGUUAAGUUACAUUCCGUUGUUAGAGGAUCCGAAGAGGCAGACUUAUGUUUUAGAUGAUGAAGAUGUUUUAGGGUAUUUAAUGGAAGGAGAUAAGACGCGUCGUAGAGAUGUUUUGCAUGUGGAAGUUGUUGAUGGUGUUGAACAGAAUCAGAGUUGUGAGUUUCUUUCGAGAAAUGAUGCGCCGUUGGAGAAUGAUGAAGUUGCUUAUGUUGAUAACUCUGAGAUGUUUGUUGAUGUUGAUACGACGCCUGAUGUAGGAGAAGAGGAGGUUGAAUGGGAAGAUGGUACUGGUAUGAGUUUAGGUCAAGAGUUUGAGAGUAAACAGGAAGUACAAGAAUUAGUUGAUAAAGCUAUAAUUCAGAACUGUUUUGAGGUUGUUACUUUUAAGUCGUCGCCUGAUUUGUACGUGUUGAAAUGUCGUGCUAGUGGUUGCAAAUGGUCUUUAAGAGUUGCGAAGCUUAAGAAUUCGGAUCGUUUCUCUGUUAGGACUUAUAACAAGAUUCAUACUUGCACUCGGUUAACUACGAGUAUAAGGAGGGAUAAGAGGAUAGGAACACCGCAGUUAGUUGCGUCUGUUUUGCGUGAGAAUUGUCAAGGUGAAGUCAACUCUUUAACUCCGAAAAAUCUUAUAAGUUUGGUUCAAGAAAGGCUUGGUAUUAAGGUUUCGUACUCUACCGCUUUGAGAGGGAUAAAACAAGCUGCUAGUGAUGUGCGGGAUGAUUUACAUGUUCAGUGAGAUUGAAUAAGAAGUUAAGCGUUGCAUUGGUACCUUAUCAUGCAUCUGUAAUUUUUUGCUAGAAAGAUUUGCAGAGAUUUGCUGUUUUGCUCUAAUGUUGACAUGACCAAGAAAUCAUUAGUCACAAAGACUUCUCGACUAUAUAAUAUGUUUCUUUUGAUCAUCAAAACUAUGAGACUUGGUUGAGAAA